AGCAAGCCAUCUAAAUUCAUCAACUUGUUGAAGUAAUUUGUUAAUGGGGAGUCUCGGUCGUUAACUUAGCAGAAGAACAAAUGGAUCAUCAGCGAAGUCAAUCCUCUUCAACAAAAGUAGAAAGAAGGAUCAUAGAGAAGAACAGGAGAAAUCAGAUGAAAGUCCUCUACUCCAGGCUCAAUUCUCUCCUCCCAAACCCCGACUCCAAGGAGGCAGUACACUCACUUCCUGAUCAAAUAGAUGAAGCAAUAAACUACAUCACAAGCCUAGAGACAAAGCUGAAGAAAUCCAAGGAGAAGAAAGAGAGCUUAACGAGCAGGAAAAAAAGACCGUAUACAUGCACAAAUUUCGAAGAAACAGCAGGUCUAAAAUCGCCGAAAAUCGAAAUCCGAGAAACCGGUUCCACGCUAGAGAUCGUUUUGAUAACUGGGCUGGAUAAUCAGUUCAUCUUCUAUGAGAUGAUUCACAUUCUUCAUGGAGAACAAGCGGAGGUCUUGAAUGCCAGCUUUUCGACUUCUGGGGACUCAGUUCUGCAUGUAGUACACGCAGAGACUGUCGGAUGUUCUUUCGAUUUUGGAGCUGCAAAAGUGACGGAGAGGCUCAAGAGACUAGUUUACGGAUCCACCAGUGAUGUAGAAUUAUCACCAGACCUGUGGGACCUAAUUCCUAUAAAUUCUGAGGCUUGGGGUUUCUGAAGAUAUUCAAGCAAUGUGAAUGGUACUUGAUGUUCCCAUGGUAGCAAGAGGCCAGAUGCAUGCAAUUUUGUAAAAUAUCUUAUUGUAAAAGUACUUAAUUCAAGCCCAUAAAUUUUUAAGGAAAUUAAUAUGGUAGCUAUCUAGCUUGCUAGCCAUCAUGUAUUCCUACUCAAGAUGAUGAUUAAUUUCAAAACGUUAUAUAUCAUGAAA